AUGUCUGACAUCUACAAUACAAGUGGCACUCUAAACGACACUGUGUUCUAUUCAUUUUAUCAUCCAAUUUUUAGUGAAGAUCGUAUUCGUAAUGGUGCAAAAAAAUUAGCAAAAGCUCGAACAACAACACAACAGGGUCGAUUGGACUCAUUUUUUACUGUGUCCCACAAUGUUACAACGACAACACCAAUUGCUAAAAAAGCCGAAAUACAAAAUGCAACUAACAAAGGUCUCAAACGAAAAAAGGAUGCUACACCGAAAAGCAAAGCCAGUGGCAGUGGCUUUGCUAAAAAACACAAGUAG